AUGUUGGAUCAUCUGGAGGUUCCUGUGCUGGUGACCAUUCUCUACAUGGUCGUCGUCCUCUACGUCCCUGACAACGUGAUGCGGCACCGUAGGCCGUUCAACCUGAUCCAUCUCAACCGGGCGUGGAAUCUGCUUCUGACGGGGUUCUCCCUUAUUGGGGUCUUUCACACGGGGAUUCGCCUGUGGGAGAUGCUCAGUGAGGCCUUUUUCGCGCCCGGGACCCGCGACGUCGGCCUCCCCACGCGCCUUCUUGAGGCCUUUUACCCCGCCAUCUGUGUCUGGAAGGAGGAGAACUUCUUCAAUGGCUCUGUGGGCUUCUUCGUUCUGGCCUUCAUCCUCAGCAAGCCCUUUGAGACGUUCGACACCGUCUUCCUCGUGGCACAGAAGAAGCCGGUGAGCUUCUUGCACUGGUACCACCACGUGACUGUGAUGCUCUACGGCUGGCAUGCCUACACCAUGACUAUUAGCAGCGGGCUCAUCUUUGCUGUGAUGAACUACGCCGUGCAUAGCGUGAUGUAUCUUUACUACUUCCUCUGCUCGUGUGGGUUGCGGGCGUACAUCCGGCCGAUCGCACCCUUCAUUACAUUCCUGCAGAUCCUUCAGAUGGUACUCGGCGCCGUCAUCGAAGCUGCCAGCUAUUACCUCGCAACCUACUCCAGAAGGAGGUGUGAUGCAAACCGGCAGAAUAGCAAACUGGGGUUGAUCAUGUACCUCUCCUACCUCGCCCUUUUCACGAAAUUGUUUUACGAAAAUUACCUCUGUGUAUCAAAGAAAGGUUCAUUGAAGAACCAGGUGAAUCAUAAAAGCCCACAGACCCCUCAAAAAAACAAGUCUUUGCCGAACAUCUCAAAUGGGAAGAUGAAAGGUGAAAUACAAAAUAAGAAAAACUCAUGA